AUGACGCCCAGCGGGCGCCCCUUGGGGCCCCGCCGCUCCCCCCAGACCUGGACUGUGAAUUUGGUUGCGAUGGAGACCGUGUCCCUGGAGCACCAGAUCCAGAGCGUGCAGCGGCACAUCGCCUUCCUGAAGAAGGAGCAGAUGGAGCUGCUCCAUGACCUGCACCUGGAGAUCCUCCGCUUGCAGAAGCACUGCUCAGAGCUCACCCAUGACCUGGAAAUGAAAGAGCUGGAGGCCCGCCAGCAAGAUGUCCUGGACCGCGAGCUGGAGGAGAAGUGCCGGGCGAUGGAGGCCCAGCUGCAGGAGAAGGAGAAGGACAACCUGGAGCUGCGCAAGGAGCUGCAACACAAGGAGACGCUGGUGGCCGCGCUGCGCUCCAGCCUCCGCAGCAAGGAGCGCCGGUUCCUGGAGGAACUGAAGCGCCGGAGCCACCGCGUCACCAUCCUGGACACCGAGCUGCAGAAGCAGACCGAGGCGGCCGCCUACCUGUCGCUGCAGCUGCACGCCACGGCCCAGCGGCUGCCGCCCCCCGAGCAGGCCCCGGCCGAGGGCCAGGCCCGGCCCCGCCGCCGAGGCCACAGAGCGCCCGCCCGGCGCCCGCCCGGGGCCGGCAGCCGGCCCGGGGACCCGGCGCAGGAGGAGCACGAUGCCAUGCCCGACCCGGCGCUCUUCCUCUACUCGCCGCGGCCGCAGCGCCCGGAGCCCCCCGGGCCGCCCCGGGGCCAGCGGCCACCCCGGCAGCCCCCGCAGGAGCCGGCGGCCAGGGCCAGGCCGGCCAAGGGCGAGCCCAGCAAGAGGCAGGGCUCCGGCGGCCACGGUGCCCCCCGGGCCCAGGAGUAGGCGGCGAGGGGACGGAGCGGCCGGAAAGGCCCGAGCCCGGCCGAGGUUCUGUUCUUUCCCCGUCCCCUUGGCGGAGGGGAAGGGGCAGCCGAAAGCGGAGCCCUGCGCGCACCUCGCACCCAGCGGCAGCCAGGAACGAGCCUUUGUCCGAAAGCUCUGAGCCGGGGUGAUGCCGGCAGUGCUGCGGGACCGGGGAGCAUCCGGCACGGGACUGUGAGGGGGACGCAUCCCAGCGCCUGUCCGCAGCUUGCAAGGGAUGAAAGAAGGGGAGGCAUUUUGGAAUGAGAUGUUCUGCUGCUGCUGCUCUCAGAGUGGGUGCCGGGGUGCUGUCCCUGCCCCGGGUGCUGGCAGCACAUGGCUUGGCACCUCGGGAUGGCCUCCAGCCCUCGCCGUCAUCGGCACCGGGCACUGAGAGAGCCCAGGACGCCCCCGGGAAGGUUCUCCAGAGCGCAGGCAGCUGAACAAGGUCGAUCCUGUGGGUGACGGAGGGAUCCCCUUGCACAAGGACAGUGCUGCUGUGUGGCCGGGCCCUGUCCCGCUCUCCCCUGUGCAGCGGUCUGUCUGUUUCCAAUACGGAUUUCCCCCCUCAUCACGUUCCCAGCAGGACUCGGACAGGGCAGCUGGACAGAGACUGGCAGUCCUGGCAGUCCUGCUGGACACCCCCGGCUCCUCGGCCGCUGCAGCCGGGCUCCACGUGCUGCUGGAGCAGGGCUGCACUAUGUGGGCCCUGCACGAGGUUCUCCUCGGCACCAGCAUUUUGGUUCUCAGCCACAUCCACAGCCAGGUCUGGGUUUGCUGCUGAGGGCUGAGCAGCCCCCAGGUCCUCCCCCAUUGCCUCCUGUCCUUCCCAGCACAGCAGCCAUACACAGCUGCUUUUGCCCCGCUGGGGAAGCCUUGCCCCAUUUCCCAGCAAACUGUCAGCUUUACAAUCCACUCCCUGGCUGUUGUGUAACACCAUUAGGAGGGGAGGGCUUUGGGCAGGGCAAAGGUCUCUGCUCCAGUGCUGCCAGACCUGUGCUGCUCAGGGCAAGCCAAGGGGCAGGUUUCACCCUGGCUUGUGAGCUGCCAGCCUGGCUGGCCCAGCUGGGACUCGGGCCCUGCCUGCAGCCAUCACCCUGCCAGGCUGGUGGGCAGCAGCCUCCUGCAAGACCCUCGCUGCCUCCAGGGCUGGCGUGGGCACGAGGGAGCUGCAGGGUGAGAUCAGGCCCUAUUUCCUUCCAAUUCAGUUGGAAACUUCUUGAAAGACAUCACCCUCAUAGACUAAGAGGCUUGGCCUGCCCGCGCUCACCCUCAGUGUGCCCAUGCAGUCAGAGCUGUCUAUUUUUGUAGUUCAAUAUUUAUAUACUCUAUUAAAAUGCUUUAUGAGA